AAGGUAUAAUAUGUGAUUCCGUGAUUCACUUGUUAUUGAUUUAGGUUUGGAUUGGAUACCUUUUGGUGCUAUUUGAAAAUGGCGGCAACCACUGCCCCAAAACCUGCGUUCACCGCCCUCCCUUCUUCAUCAUCAUCAUCUUCCCAGAAGCCCUUUCUGCGUCUCGCCCUCCAAUUUCCCUCCCUCCCAAACAGUUCCUAUCACUCCCAACGCCCUUCUCUCAAAAUCUCCAGCGCCCUCUCCGAUGCAACCGCGAAAACCACCACCGCCGCCGCCGCCGAAGAUUUUGUCUCCCGAUUCGGCCUGGAGGAGCCCCGCAAGGGCGCCGACAUCCUCGUGGAGGCGCUGGAGCGGCAGGGCGUGACGGACGUGUUCGCCUACCCCGGUGGUGCUUCCAUGGAGAUCCACCAGGCACUCACCCGCUCCGCCUCCAUCCGCAACGUCCUCCCCCGCCACGAGCAGGGUGGCGUCUUCGCCGCCGAGGGCUACGCCCGUUCCUCCGGCAUCCCCGGCGUCUGCAUCGCCACCUCCGGCCCCGGCGCCACCAACCUCGUCAGCGGCCUCGCCGACGCCAUGCUCGAUAGCGUCCCCCUCGUCGCCAUCACCGGCCAGGUCCCCCGCCGCAUGAUCGGCACCGACGCCUUCCAAGAAACCCCCAUCGUCGAGGUAACGCGUUCCGUCACAAAGCAUAACUAUCUCGUUCUAGAUGUUGAUGAUAUUCCUAGAAUCGUUAAUGAAGCGUUUUUCUUAGCCACUUCGGGUAGACCUGGCCCUGUGUUAAUUGAUAUACCCAAAGAUAUUCAGCAACAGUUUGCGAUUCCUAAUUGGGAUCAACCAAUUAGGUUACCUGGUUACAUGUCUAGGUUGCCUAAGUCUCCCAAUGAGAAUCAUUUGGAGCUUAUUGUGAGGUUGGUUAUGGAAUCUAAGAAACCUGUUUUGUAUGUUGGUGGUGGUUGUUUGAAUUCUAGUGAGGAAUUGCGGCGUUUUGUCGAGCUCACUGGUGUUCCUGUUGCUAGUACUUUGAUGGGUCUUGGUGCUUAUCCCAUUGCUGAUGAGAAUUCUCUUCAGAUGCUUGGGAUGCACGGGACUGUUUAUGCUAAUUAUGCUGUGGACAAGGCUGAUCUUUUGCUUGCGUUUGGGGUGAGGUUUGAUGACCGUGUCACGGGGAAGCUCGAGGCUUUUGCGAGCCGGGCUAAGAUAGUUCACAUUGAUAUUGAUUCGGCGGAGAUUGGAAAGAACAAGCAGCCGCAUGUUUCGGUUUGCGCUGAUUUGAAGCUGGCGUUGAAGGGGAUUAAUCACAUGUUGGAGAGCAGAGGGGUUGGGGGGAAGCUUGAUUUUAGAGGUUGGAGGGAAGAGCUGAAUGAGCAGAAGCGAAGGUUUCCUUUGAGCUAUAAGACUUUUGAGGAUGAGAUUUCUCCUCAGUAUGCUAUACAGGUUCUUGAUGAGUUGACUAAUGGGGAUGCUAUUGUGAGUACUGGAGUUGGACAGCACCAGAUGUGGGCUGCUCAGUUUUACAAGUACAAGAGGCCUAGGCAGUGGUUAACAUCCGGUGGUCUUGGUGCUAUGGGGUUUGGAUUGCCGGCUGCCAUCGGUGCGGCUGUGGCUAAUCCGGGUGCGGUUGUGGUUGACAUUGAUGGUGAUGGGAGUUUUAUAAUGAAUGUUCAGGAGCUGGCCACUAUCAAGGUAGAGAAGCUCCCGGUUAAGAUAUUGUUGUUGAAUAAUCAACACUUGGGUAUGGUUGUUCAGUGGGAGGAUCGGUUCUAUAAGUCUAACAGGGCUCACACGUAUCUGGGAGACCCCUCUAAUGAGAAUGCCAUAUUUCCUGAUAUGUUGAAGUUUGCUGAUGCUUGCGGGAUACCGGCAGCUCGUGUGACCAAGAAAGAAGACCUUAGAGCGGCAAUUCAGAAAAUGUUGGACACCCCUGGCCCCUAUCUUCUUGAUGUCAUUGUACCCCAUCAAGAGCAUGUCUUGCCCAUGAUUCCUAGCAAUGGAACCUUCCAGGACGUGAUAACUGAGGGUGAUGGCAGGACAAGUUACUGAUUUCCUGAGCAAAUUUAUCUUAUGGUUGUUUUGUAAAAAUAGUAAGCUAAUAGCUUCUUAAAUUUUGUAUUCAUGUUGGCAACUAAGAUAGGCUGCUUGUUUUUCCGUACAAUGUUGGUUAUUUUUGUUAAUUAUAUGUCUCUUUGGUUAUUUGGUUGAUUGUUACUGAAACAUUAUUAAAAUGUCUAAUGGUUACUUGGUGAUCAAAAUACUGCAAA